CUUCCUUCCCCUCGGGUGCGAAGACCCAGGCCAGACGGGCCGCUGUCCCAAUGUGGAGCUCUGGCGCUCGGGCUUUGCUUUGCGUGUGGGAGGUGCGACUUGCUGGGUUCCUGGGUAGGAGCUUGCUGAGCACCAGUGCUGCCUCGGGGAAGAGCAAGGCGCGGCAGUGCUGGAACUGCGGCAGCGCAGGGUGUGUGGAGAGUGGGGAUGGGUUCUUCUGCGAACACUGCCGCGCGUUGCAGCCUCCUGACCCGACUCGGGACUACUUCAGCCUCAUGAAUUGUCACCGAUCCUUCAAGGUUGACAUCGUGAAACUUAAGCACAGGUACCAUCAACUACAAUGUCUCAUCCAUCCAGAUUUCUUCAGCCAAAAGUCUCAGACUGAAAAACACCUCUCAGAGAAGCAUUCGGCCCUACUGAAUGAUGCCUAUAAGACUCUUCAGGCUCCCCUGAACAGGGGACUAUACCUUCUAAAGCUCCAAGGAAUAGAAAUCCCUGAAGGGACAGACUAUGGAACAGACAGUCAGUUCCUUGUGGAAAUAAUGGAAAUCAAUGAGAAACUCGCACACGCUCAAACUGAGGCUGCCAUUGAAGAAAUAAAAUCCACUGUCAGAGCUAAACAGAAAGAAUUUACUGACAAUGUAAACAGAGCUUUUGAACAAGGAUCUUGUCAAGUUGCCAAGGCUGGCCUUGAACUCCUUCAGUCUCCCAGGCUGGCUCGGUGGAAUGCAGACACCAGGCAAGUGCUUCACCACUGAGCUGUACUCCAGCCCUAGAGGACGUUGGGCUUGAGAAUUAAGGAGUGGCUCCAAGUAGAGUUGAAUCUUUAGAAUCUAUACCUCAAUCCUAAACAAGAGCUGCACUUGACAGGCCAGAAGAAGACUUGUAGAGAACUGGAGUUCCCACUUCCCAGGAUGCUGAGCAGGAGGGUUGUGAGUUCAAGGCUGGCCUGGGCAACUGAGUGAGAUCUUAUUUCAAAGUAAGCCAGAAGAGAGCUGGGAAUGUGGCUCAGCUCAGCAGCAGGACACUUACCUGGCUCUUGUAAGGCCCUGGAUUCCUACCUCAUGCAUGACUGGGCUUCUUGUCAUGAUCUGGACUCUGUAGGGAAUGUUUACCCAACAUUCCUUCAAGCCCUGCCACUUCCAGCCAGAAUCAACUGGUCACAUCUGUCCUCUUAAGUAGGGUGUCCU